GUGACCAUAUGACCGGUCGGUGACGUGGAGACUACAGCUCGGAAGAUGAAGCCGCGGGGGGCGAGCGUCAUGCACGCCUUCACUGCGCUUACUAUGCUGACCAUGGCCAAUGCCCAAACCACAUGUAACCAAGGCAUGGGACGUGUUAUGUAUGAGCGGUUACCUAAUCAACAGCUACACGGCUUUGAUGACGACGUCGUACGUGAAACAGCGCCACCAUUUCGAGUUUUGGAAAAAUGCCAAGACUUGUGUUUAAGAGACCGAUCAGUCAACAGUUUAGUUCGGACAUGUAACUCUAUAGACUUCCAACCAGGAGCUCGAAUAGCGGCUUUCAGCCCUGAGCCAGAGUAUGAAGAAUCCACUUGUUUCCUGACAAGAGAACAGGCCAUGCCUGAAGGAAUUGGUUCGCUUAUGAUUGUACCUAAUAGCGUGCAUUUCAAUGAGAUUUGUCUUACCUCAAAUCGUCCAGAACGCGAAUGUCCGUCUCGUAGAUACGUCUUCGAACGUCAUGCACGUAAACGCUUGAAACUGCCACCUUCAGAUCUCAAAGAAAUCAUGGUGGCGAACCGAACGGAAUGCGAGGACAAAUGCUUACAGGAAUUUAGCUUUGUGUGUCGAUCUGCUACAUAUGACUCUGCAUUGAGGACUUGUUCCCUAAGUAGGUUUACGAGAAGGACUCAUCCUGAAUUGUUAGAAGACGAUCAUAAUGCUGACUAUUUGGAAAAUACGUGUCUCAACGCUGAACGAAGGUGUGACGGCUUGGCGGUGUUUAUCAAAGAAGAAAAUAAGCGCCUUGGAGGACCGUUUGAGGCUGAUGUAUUUUCAAACAUGACUCUUGAAGAAUGUCAAUCUAUGUGUGUUCGUGCUGAAAAGUAUUUCUGUCGAUCCAUAGAACAUGAUACUAUGACAAAACAGUGUGUUCUCUCGGAAGAAGAUUCCGUGUCACAGAAAGACGAUGUGACUGUGAGCGCGUCACCUACACAUCAUUUCUACGACCUUGUUUGUUUGGACAAUCUUUCUCAUCGGGCAGCUCGUGGCACGGAGUACCCGGAUAAUAGCGUGACGUCACAUCUGUUCUCCCCCGGGAGGAGACCUGACACCGCCUUCCAGAGGUACAGGAACAGCAGGAUCACGGGCGAGUUCCACUCGGAGAUCACUGGCCGCUCGCUCAGUGAGUGUUUGGAUGAAUGCUUGAGGCAGACCAGCUUUCAGUGCAGAUCGGCGGUGUACAGUGACCGCGCUAGGACUUGCCGACUCAGCAGAUACAACCAGAAGGAUGGCAUGAGGCUCCUCUAUGACCCCGACUUCGAUUACUACGAGAAUUUGAUGCAUCAGAUGGUGAGUGGCGAGGGCGAGGCAGGCGCUGGGAGCGGCUCGCAGGACCGCCCUUGGGCCAGGCCCACUACCACAGGUGGUAGCGGAGAUCGCGACCGUGACCGCGACCGCGACCGCGACCGCUACCCUCCCGGCACCGACCGCGACCGGUACCCCGAUGACGACCGGUACGACGACGACCGGUUCGGCAGACCCGAUCGGUACCCCGCCGGCCCUGAUCCCUACGACCGAUACCCCUCUGACAGAUACCCCGAUGAUCGCUACCCGGCGGGCGUAGCGCCCGACCGCUAUCCAGCAUACUCCCCCGCCGAUAGAUAUCCCCCUGGAAUAGACCGCUAUCCCCCACCCAUAGAUAGAUAUCCUCCCGGUGUUCCGUACCCGACUAACAACAGAUUCCCUGGAGACAGAGAUCGAUAUCCUUUAGAUAGCGGACGCUAUCCUGUCUACGAUUACCCUUCAAACGAUAUCGGAAGAUAUCCUGCAAAUGAUCGCUACCCAAUUAGUAGAUACCCUAUAGAUGUAUAUCCCGAAAGAUACCCUGAAAGAUUCCCUGUCCGCGGCGGCGGGAGGUACCCUGCGAGGCCUUUGUACCCCAGCCGAUAUCCUGACAGAUACGAUCAGGACCGUUACUCCGGGUCCAGUGAUUGGGGUCGGUACCCGUUCAGCCGGUACCCUGUGGGCGUGAACAGAGAUCCGGUACCGCUCGGAGGGGACCGGUAUCCCGAUUUGUAUGACAAAUAUCCACCAACUGGAUCGUCAUUCCCUGGUUAUGGUAGAGGUGGAUAUUAUGGCUCUGACUACCCUCCGUCAGACCGUUAUCCCGUCCCAGAUAGAGGCAUUCGCCCUACACCAGACAGAUUUCCAGCAGAACCCCGACCAAGCUUUGGUAUCAGAAGACCUAUUGAGAGACCAGGUGGUUACCGUGGCAGUUAUCCCCCAGCUGGUGGUUUAGGUGGCGGAUAUGGUGGCUAUGAUCAAGAUGGCCCGAUUGGUCCUGGUGCGCCAGUCGGUGGUCCUAUUGGCCCUGUAGGUGUUCCUAUUGGUCCUCUGGGAGCUCCAAUAGGAGGCCCCCUAGGAGGUCCUUUGGGAGGACCAGUAGGUCGACCUCCCGUAGGUCAUAGACCUUGGCAAGGAUCGCGGUGCGAGGAAGAUAGUUUCCGACAAGUUGGCAGACAACGCAUGCAAAGGCGAUUUGUGCGGCGAUUCACAACAGCACUAUCCUUAGCUCACUGCCAACGGGAAUGUAUUGAAGCCCGUGACUUCAUCUGUAGAUCAUUUAACUUCAGGGAAUCUCCAUAUGGAGGAGAGCCAAGAGACAACUGCGAACUUAGUGACCGGGACACUCGGGAGCUGGAUGCAGCAAAUCCUGCACAUUUUGACAACACUGCCAACGAUUAUGACUUCUAUGAACGAGCUCUCGGCCGCAUUGCCGAUGAUUGCUUAGACGUAUCUCAAGUGUGCAAUGAAGACGGCAUGGAGUUCACUCUCCGAUUGCCAGAAGGGUUCUACGGUCGCAUGUACACGUAUGGUUUCUACGACCGCUGCUUCUUCCGAGGUAACGGCGGGGUUAACAAUGUGCUGCGGAUCACUGGGGCACAUGGCUAUCCGGAAUGUGGCACACAACGUUACGGAGACACAAUGACCAACAUUGUGGUAGUACAGUUCAGCGACAACGUCCAAACUUCGAGAGACAAACGCUUCAACUUGACUUGCCUCUUCAGAGGCCCAGCGGAGGCCGUCGUCACUUCCAACUACAUAGGAGCAGGGUUGGGUUUUGAUUCAAUCGACAGAUCCGGCAGCCCUAUCCCAAUCGAAUACCUACCCGAGGAGAGUUCAUUGAACUCGAAGGUUCGGCUGAUGAUCCUGUACCAGGGGAGACCGACCACCACCAUUGCUGUGGGAGACCCUUUGACCUUCAGGCUGGAAGCCCAGGACGGAUACAACUACGCGACAGACAUCUUUGCUACUAAUGUCAUAGCAAGAGAUCCAUAUUCAGGAAGAUCUGUGCAGUUGAUUGAUCGAGUAGGAUGCCCAGUUGAUCCUGAUGUCUUCCCGGAGUUGGAUAAGGGCCGCAACGGCGACUCCCUGGAAGCUAGGUUCAACGCCUUCAAGAUCCCGGAGUCCAACUUCCUCGUAUUUGAAGCUACGGUGCGGACCUGUCGGGAUGGUUGUCAACCGGCAUAUUGUCCCAGCCACACAGGCCGGUCUGAGCCUUCCUUCGGGCGUCGCAGAAGAGAUGUCAACUCAACCGCGCCUGCUGAAACUAACACGACAGUUGAAGUACAAACCAAUGACAGCAACAAAACUGACAAAGCUGGAGACAAGGAUGAUGGUGCUGUGUACAAGGUCUCAUAUGAAACGGCGGACGUUGAUAAGUAUCUGAAGGAAGAAGUAGAAACUCCAAGUCAUGUUCGGAAGAUGAUAGAGGUAUUCGACAACCGCAACGAGCUCAUAGAGGAGAACGGGCCCGCAGACUCCGCCCCGGUCGUAGCAGCCGCAGGGGUUUGCGUGUCCCCAUACCAUUACCGCGCGCUGCUGGUCGCUCUGUGUGUCCUGUUGUCCUUACUGCUGGCUAUGUUGACGGCCGCUCUGUACAUUUACAAACGUUACUGGCGAGUGCUCCGUAAGAACAUCCAGGCGUCGAGUCCAGCACCGGCGCUACGGCCCGUUACCCCAGGGCCAAGACCCACUAGACCUUCGCUGUUCUCCGCCUCCCAUCUGCACAAACCUUUCUCCCUAAGUGGCUUAGGCCGAACAUUCGCGGAAGUAGGUGAGGAGGCAGGAUCGGCAGGGCGCCUGGCGAACGCAUUCGACGACGGGAGCGAGCCAAUAUACACUGAUCCCUCUCUCUUCGAGCGUUCCAGGUCGCUCAGGUCUCUACAUUCAUUGGACAUGAAACCCGAAAGACGCGACCACCGCUCGUAGAUUAACCCUAAUUUUAUAACUUUAUGCAAAUUAAAUUAAAAAAUACAACUCUAUGCAAUUAAUUAUUAACUGCCAUAAUCUUGCUCAGAUCUUCCGUCCAUAGAUUUAAAAAUAGUGUUUUGUACUUCAAAUUAUAUAUAUUUAAUUUUUAAAGUAUUACUAAUAAAGAUUUACAGUGAU